GAAGAACAGGCGGUGAGUCAUGAGACGAAUGCCGAGGAUCUGAAUGCAGUAGGAGAUCGUGGCGGUGGCGGUGGUGGACUUGGGAGCCUAGUGAAAGGAGCAUUUGACGGCUUUGGUGGAGGCAACCUGGGCGAUAUUGUUGGUUCCAUUAGCCAGAUUGCCGGAGGAGAAGGUUUAACCAAUAUUAUGUCAUCUGGAGGUAUGGAAUCAAUUGUGGAAAAAAUGCUUGGCGAGGCCGCCCAUCGUUUCUCGGGAUCAAUCCGGUAUGGCCUUUUCAAGAUAGAAACUGGAGCGAUUAUUGGCGCUAUAGCUGGAAACAUCAUUUUCAACAUGGGUGGUCGUGGCAACUCGUUGACAAGCAUUGGAAAAGUGAUUUUAGACAACAUUAUCAGUGGAAAGUAUAAACGAGAU